AUGUUGAUGCAUAAUGGUAGUGGUACCGUGGCUGGGCCAUUGGCUUUCGCCAGCAGAGUCGGAGAUGUACAGCCACUGCAGGAACAUUUCCUAGGAUGGAACUUCCCCCCUGAGCACGCGGAUCUCGUGCACCCACAUUGGCGUGUAUUCCUCGCACCCGGAAGACUAUGGCAUGUCGCCCUCGCGCUCAUUUAUUUUUUGCUUCUGAUGUUGUCCCUCCUUGGGAAUGGUAUCGUUAUUUGGAUUUUUAGCACGUCAAAAUCAUUGAGGACACCAUCGAAUAUAUUUAUCUUGAAUUUGGCUGUGUUCGAUCUACUGAUGGCAACGGAGAUGCCUAUGUUGAUCAUAAACAGUUUCCUGGAACGAACCAUUGGUUGGGAGACCGGAUGCGAUGUGUAUGCUUUGCUCGGUGCGAUUUCCGGGAUGGGACAAGCGAUUACCAACGCAGCGAUCGCUUUCGAUCGAUACAGGACAAUUAGCUGUCCGAUUGACGGUAGACUGAAUGGAAAACAAGCUAUGGUACUAGCUCUAUUCACAUGGUUUUGGGCACUGCCAUUCUCGAUAUUGCCUAUGACGGGAUUGUGGGGUCGAUAUGUGGCAGAGGGUUUCCUCACGACAUGUAGCUUCGAUUAUCUAACGGAUGAUGAGGACACGAGGACAUUUGUAAUAACAAUAUUCUUCUGGGCGUAUGUUCUGCCUAUGUUGCUGAUUAUAUACUUUUAUUCGCAAUUACUGAAAUCUAUUCGCUCUCAUGAGAAAAUGCUCCGCGAUCAAGCUAAAAAGAUGAACGUCAAAUCACUCGUAUCAAACCAAAACAAAGAGAGAAGUGUUGAGAUGAGAAUUGCAAAAGUUGCAUUUACGAUAUUUUUCCUGUUUGUGCUUGCAUGGACACCGUAUGCAGUAGUCGCUUUAACUGGAGCCUAUGGAAAUCGCGAAGCGCUUACUCCGUUGUCGACUAUGUUACCAGCCAUAUUCGCCAAGACGGUGUCGUGCAUCGAUCCAUGGAUAUAUGCAAUCAACCAUCCUAGGUAUCGACAAGAACUGGAAAAGCGAUGUAAAUGGAUGGGAAUUCGAGAAAAAGUAGCCGAGGAUACCGUAUCUGCGCAAACGGAGAAAGUAAACGCGGAAGAAACGUAA